CAAAAUAGCGAGAACGUACGAUAUUUGCAUUGUUUACAAAUGGCUGACAAGAGGAAACCAAAUUCUGCAGAUGAUAGACCACAAGAAUCAGAUAGACAAUUUCUAGAAAGAAGUAAUGUAGGAACAUGCAUGAAAGAUGUCUUGGGGAAGAUCAUUGCUAACAGACCAGAGGACCCAAUAGCCUUCAUGGCUGACUACUUUGACUCAUUAGAAGAACAGACUAGUUUAGUGGCUAGAGCACGACAGUUAAUAAUAAUGACGCACCAUAGUCGACCAGUCUUUGAUAUUAAUGUCAGAAUGGCGUACGAGACAUUACAGAAGUCUAAAUGUAGUAAGAAGCUCCAUGGGGUAAAUGGUACUGUGUAUAAUGAACUCAUCAGAGCCUUAUGUAGAGAUUUUCCAACUUUAGUGAUUAACAGACUAUUAAGAAAGAUAGAAUGUUUAGAUUUUGAGGCAGUAACUUAUGAUGUGUUUAAAUCUGGUGUGUUCACAUGUUGUGUGUUAGAAGAUUACCUAAGACUUGUAGAAUAUUUAUUUAAUUCCCUGGACUUUACCAAGACAGGAAAAUGUGAUAAAGCAGUGUGUGAUGCUGUGUUAGAACAAUUAAAGACAUCAUUGGCUAGUAAUAAAACAGAUGCAAGAAAAAUUGUUGAGUCAGGGUAUAACUUAGGACCAGACGGAUUAUUUCAUGUCUUAGAUAAGGCGAUGAAAAGGGACACACAUAUAUCUACAGCUUUCACAUUGGAAAUGUUUACUGCAGAAUGUUGUGAGGCAUUUAUUGCCAAGGUAAAGAAAUUAAGAUGACAUUGCAAGACAAUAAAAAAAAUAUUUAAUGAACCAAGAAGUCUCUAAACAUUUGAAUAUUCAUAUUUAUUUGCUAUUGUGUAAUGUGAUUUGCAUUUUCAUAAAAAAA